GAUGGAACUCUUCAAGCACGCCCUCAGGAUCAUUAACGCCGACUCCUGAAAGCUGUAAACAAGAACAAAAGCGAAAGCUGAUGGCUAUUUUGCAGUCUGGCAAGAAAACUCGAGAGAAAACUAGGCCGAAGCAAAACAUUGCAGAGACUAAUACUAAAAACUGA